AUGGAGCGGGACAUGCAAAGAAUAUCAAUGGAUUCUACGCAAACCACCUCUUCCUCCUCCUCCUUCUCCUCUAGUCUCCCAAAUGCGGAGGAAAGUGACCCUCGCAUGUACGCUGGCGAACAAGUGGUGUCUGCACCUCCAGCAUCGGGGAAAGCCUCACUCAGCAUCCAGCGGCAGGAUGUGGAGACUGCCCGAGCCCGUGGAGCGACUCUGUGGGAAGAUUUACCCGGCUGUGUUCUUUCUCCCCUGCUCUUCUCCCUGUACACCAACCACUGCACCUCCAGCAACGACUCCGUGAAGCUGCUCAAGUUCGCGGACGACACCACCCUCAUUGGACUCAUCUCCAACAACGAUGAGUCCGCCUACAGGAGGGAGGUGGACCGGCUGGUGUCCUGGUGCAGUGGUAACAACCUGGAGCUGAACGCCCAGAAGACAGUGGAGAUGAUUGUGGACUUCAGGAAGAGCACUGUCCCCCCACCCCCACCCUCCGUGAUGGACUCCCCCAUCACCUCUGUGGAGUCCUUCCGUUUCCUGGGCACCACCAUCACCCAGGACCUCAAGUGGGAGCCGAUCAUCAGCUCCCUCAUCAAGAAGGCCCAGCAGAGGAUGUACUUCCUGCGGCAGCUCAGGAAAGCCAAGCUGCCUGCACAGAUGUUGGUGCAUUUCUACAAGGCCAUCAUCGAGUCCAUCCUCACCUCCUCCGUCACCGUGUGGCUCAAACGCUUAGAUCGCGAAGACUUCCCCUCUGAAAGUGCCUUGCGAGACCAGCUGCUGCUGGGGCUCCGUGAUAGCCCCCUUUCCCAAGCCCUGAACGUUUUUGCUCGUCGGAACCCGGAGUUGGAAUUUUCAGACCUUCGCCAAGAGGCUGUGCUGUUGGCGUCGGAGUAUGGCCGAGCUGAACCAGAGGAACCCAAUUGGAAGGAGCAAUUGAAGCGUGAGAUCAUGGAGGACGUCAAAAUGCAAAUGAAGGGAAUAACACAAGAAAUAGUGGCAGAGCUCAAGCCGCUGCUGCAGACUGCUUCUCCACAACCCAGCCCACCUAAUCCAACCAGGACUAGGCAGUCCACACCCAGACCGUACAACGACCGAGAUGCACAAGGGCGGUUCAGUAAAUUAGGCCGACUGUAUCACAUUGAGGAAGCGGAUGUGCAGGGCCCCCAUAGUUUGUCCCUCUCCCUGGAGGACGACGGGGUCGUAGUAGUCACCAGAGUAGAGCAGAGGGAGCUAAAGGCCCUGCUGCAGAAGUGGGAACAAGUUUUUUCACAGCAUGAGGAGGAUUUUGGUCGGACUAACAUAGUGCAGCAUCAGAUUCUUACAGGCGAUGCUGCCCCCAUUCGGCAAAGGUACCGGCCAAUCCCACCCAUGCUGUACAAAGAGGUGAAGACCCUCCUCUCGGGGGCGGAGCUGGACCGCAAGCAGGAGACGGUGCCUGACUCUCGAGGGACGCAGCGGCAGGGUGGAUCCCUGCCGUGUGUGUAA